AUGCCCACCUCGGACCCUGAAUACGUCGCCCAACCCUCCGACAACGAUCUGGACGAGCUCAUCGCCUCCGCCUCCGACGACGAUGACGAACUAGAUACCCGACCCUCCGCUUCCGGCCGCGACGCGCGCUCGAAAGAUGCCAGGCGCCGCAAAAAGGGCCGCGGCGGUGCGGAGUGGGAGGUAUCCCGCACCUGGGAAACGCUGGUUGAGGGUGCAGAUGGCACGAUCCGCGCGACAGUCGAGGGCCUGUUGGAGGCGGGCAAGAGGAAAAGAGUUCUCCGCGACACCACCCCGCUCCAACGCGGCAUAAUCCGCCACCUAAUUCUAAUCCUCGACCUCUCCUCCGCGAUGUCUGAAAAGGACCUGCGCCCAACCCGCUACCUCCUCACCCUCCGCUACGCCCAGGACUUUGUCCGCGAAUUCUUCGACCAAAACCCAAUCUCCCAGCUAGGCGUGUUGGGCAUGCGCGAUGGCCUCGCAGUCCGCAUCAGCGAUAUGAGCGGCAACCCGACGGAGCAUAUACUGGCUAUCCAGGGGCUGCGCGCGAAGGAUCCGAAGGGGAUGCCGUCGUUGCAGAAUGCGCUGGAGAUGGCUAGGGGGGCGCUUUUCCACACACCAAGCCACGGCACCCGCGAAGUCCUUAUAAUCUACGGUGCCCUCCUAAGCUCCGACCCAGGAGACAUCCACAAAACAAUCACCUCCCUCAUCACCGAUAAGAUCCACGUCUACGUCCUCGGCCUCGCUGCGCAGGUCUCCAUCUGCCAAGAACUCGUCACAAGAACAAACAACGGCGAUGACUCAGGCUACAACGUUGCCAUGAACGAGCAGCAUUUCCGCGAGUUAGUUUUGAACGUCACCACCCCACCGGCCACCACACUCGCCUCCCAUACUACCACCACCACCGGCGCCGCCAACGGCACAAGCACAAACACCAGCACAGACGGCACUCUCCUCCCCAUGGGCUUCCCAAACCGCCACCUAACCCCGCACCCAACGCUGUGCGCCUGCCACUCCACCCCCUCACGCUCCGGCUACCUCUGCCCCCGCUGCUGCACGAAAGUCUGCACUCUCCCCGCCUCCUGCCCCUCAUGCAAGCUAACCUUAAUCCUCUCGACGCAUCUGGCACGCUCCUACCAUCACCUGUUCCCGCUGAUGAAUUGGGUGGAGGUGUCGUGGCGGAAGGCGGCGAGGGCGGAGGCGGAGGGGAGGGUGGGGUGCUUUGCAUGUGGGGUGGGGUUUGCGGGAGUGCCAGGGGAGUUUGUGGGGGCUGAGGGUGAUGAGGAUAGGGAAGGGGAAGGAAAGGGGGAAGGGAAGGGUGCUAGCAGGGGGAUUAGUGUUAGUGGGCGUUAUGAGUGUUUGGUUUGUCGGUGUCAUUUUUGCAUUGAUUGUGAUGUAUUUGCUCAUGAGGUUGUGCAUAAUUGUCCUGGGUGUCAGAGUGGGGUUGUGCAGAUGAGGGAGCAGGAGGGGUUGAAUUUGGGUGGGGAUGCGAAUGGGAGUGGGAAUUGGAAUGGGAAUGGGGUGGUUGAUGUGAUGGAUACGGAGUAG